AGAGCUCGUAAAUACCACCAUCUGUUGGUCGGUGGAAGUCAGAGACGUACGACGUGUUGUCAGUCACAAAUGGUCAACCGGCCAAACUGUUCUUGCUUUUGGAUUUAAUUUAUUUCUUUGCUUGGAUUUUGUAUUUAUUUAUUUUGCUUGUUUUACCAAGAGGAUAUAGUGAAAGUAUGGGAGACGUGGAUUUGAUGUGCACAGAAGCGGAAUGUCCACGAAGAGCUUAUGAGGACCCUGUACUUCUUAACGACAAUCGAGUAUUACAGAAUUUAUUAGCGCUCGAAGACAGAUACCACCCAAAUCAAAAUUAUUUUAGAUGUGUUCAAACAGACAUUAAACCAUACAUGCGACAAAUGGUCGGACAGUGGAUGUUAGAGGUUUGCGACGAACAAGCAUGCGAAGAGGAGGUGUUUCCUUUAUCAAUGAACUACUUGGACAGGUUUUUAUCAGUGUGUGAUAUUUCACGGACUAGACUUCAAUUAUUGGGAGCGUGCAGUAUGUUUGUGGCAUCCAAAUUAAAAGACACUUCGCCAAUUUCAGCAGAACGACUUGUGAUAUACACGGAUCAUUCAAUAUCAUAUACAAUGUUGACGGACAUGGAGUCAUUAUUAUUGAGUAAAUUGAAGUGGGACUUAUCAGCAGUGACCCCUCAUGAUUUUUUAGAACAAAUUCUUAGCAGACUCUCAAUGGACAAGUGCCACCGUGACGUAAUUAAAAAACAUGCUCAGACCUUCAUCGCCUUAUGUGCAACAGAUUGCAAGUUCAUGAUGUAUCCACCAUCGAUGAUAGCAGCUGGCAGUGUAGGGGCCGCCAUUCAUGGACUGAGCAAUGAUCCGCAACUAGAUGUUAAAUUAUUACGAAAACUUCAUGAGAUUACGGGCAUUGAAAUGGACUGCUUAAGAGGGUGCCAAGAACAAAUUGAACAGACUCUUGCAGUGAAUUUGUCAAAUAUGAGUGAAACUGUAGAAACGAGUUCCAGUAAAAUGGAUCACACCCCAUCGGCACAUCAACAACAUACAUCCCACAAUGAACAUUUAAAAGAACAGCCCACAACACCCACAGAUGUUCAAGAUAUUAUCUUCCGAUAGUGAUCAAGCAGACCUUUCUACAAAAGUUUUUCAAGUUCAGAUUUGUUUUUAACUCCAGCUGAAAAUUCUUUAUGAUAAAAACAACAAAAAUCAUUGUUGCUUCAAAAUUUCUUCAUUGGAGGGAGACGAGAAUUUUGUGUUCUUACAUAAUCAACUAUGUACCAUAAAACUUAUAUUUUUUUAGCAUUGUUAAAAUUGUAAUUCUUUUUGGCAAAGUAUGACUAGACAAUUGUGAGUAGCAUAAGAGAACAAAAAUAUGAAAUUUUCCUAAUCUUAUUAAUGUCGUUCUAUGAUUAUUCCUUAUGUUAUUGAUUUUUGUUAACAAAUUCAGACCAAAUUGUUUAAAACUGCCAUCAAUUCAAAAUCGCAUUAAUUAUCCAUUGCUACAGACUAGGUGCAUUGUUAAAAUAUUCAUUAAACAGCAAAAGACUGCCAGCUCAUUCCAUUUAAAUAGAAACAUGCAUUUUUAACAAUCAACCACCUCGUCCUGGGACCAAGUUGUCUUUACAGACAUUUUUUAUCACAUGGUUAUUGCAUGGGACCACAUUGUUUCAUAAACAAAAGCACAAGAUUUAUUAAUUUGUUUCAUUUUAUAUCUGGCAAUUUUCAUUGUUGGAAAAUGAUUUAUUCAUUGAUUACCGUAAAUAUUGAACAAACGUACAAAUGUUAUUGCAAAAAAGAAUCUCUAAGUUUUGAUCAAUAUUCGUUGAAUAUCAACCUUUUACCAUAAUGGACCAAUAAUCUAUUCCAUUAUUUUGAUAGAUUUUUGUUGUUGUAUUUUUUAUCGGGAGGCAGUGGUUGACACUUGGUUAUGUUGAAGGGUGAACACUGAUGUUAAUCUUUUUAUGUUAAUUUGUUACAUUCGUUCAGGAAUUGUUAACUGUACAUAGAUCUAACAUACACUGUAUGAAAUAUUUGUGAGUGCAUUAGUGCAGAAAUCAACUAUAUAAAAAAUAUAUGUAUAUAUACAUAAAAAUUUACAAAAAAAUCAUAACACACAAAAUAACUGUGAAUGUUUGCAAAAAUCUAAAGAUUCUCUGAGGAAUGUUGAAUAAUUGGGAAAUUUAACUAUAUCUUAAAAUGUGUAAUGGUUACAACUGUUAACUGACAGCUUAAAAUUUUCUGGAACGGAAACAUACAUUUUUUGUUUGAAUUAGGGACAAAUAAUUCUUGUACAUAGUUAUUUAGGGGGGUAACCCCUGCCCAGCAAUCUACACAUAACCAUCCUAUUCCAUAUGUGAUACUUAAAUCAUCCUCGAAACCAUUUUGUUAUAUUUUUAUAUCAUUUUCUGUAAAAUUCAUGUGAUGAUUCAUUCUUUUUUCAUUUCAUUUACCAUCGGCAAAUUUGAACAAAAAUCAAUGUUUAUGUCUUGAAACAUUUUAAAAAUAAAUACUGUACAUGUAAAAUAAAGAUCAAAAACAGUGAUCAAAGUCGAAACUAAAAUUAAGCUUCAUGGACUUGUAAAAAUGUGUAUACAAUUUCAAUUUUUGACGUGAAAUGUUUAUAAAAAAUAUAGUGCUAUGUACAGACAACGAAAUAUACACCAUUGAUAAUGUUAGCUUUUGCGAUGUAGUGGUCACGUACAUGUAUUUUUACUUGUAUUUUACUCAUGUCAUUUUCCGUUUGUCAUUGUUUGCUGUUAAUUUUGUGAUAUAUAUAUAUGUAUACAAUGAAAAUGUAUGCGUCGCAAAAAUAUUUAUUUAUAAUAAUCGUACUAUUGGCCAAGCCGUAACAUUACAGCAUUUUUUGCCAGAACAUAUGUGAAAAUAUACUAGUUAAUUUUUCAAAACAUUGUCUUUUUUAUACUAAGUAACUUAUUCACAGAUUUCAAGCAACUUGUAAAAAAAAUCUUGUUACUGUGACUGCUUGUAUUUAUGUUUGACGCCUUUCUUGUAUCACCUAAUAUUGGUUUGAAAAACUAUACAAAAUACUUUCACAUGUGUUCUCAAAAGUUGCUUAAAGGAAAGAUUAAAAUGCAGACAUCAAAAAGUGGAAUAAACCAAACGAUCGGAUACUCCAGCUUAGUGGCCGUUGAGUGUGUUUCUCCGGCGAGCCUCGUUCUGGGAAAACUGGACUUAAUGCAUGAUUGUAAAUGUCGCCUCAGACUUGGCCUGUACAGUCCGCACUGCCACAGGCUAAUCUGGGAUGUAAUCUGCCUAAACUGUUUUUCGUUUAAAAGAGACUUCCUUUAAAAGAAUGAUUCAUAAAAGCAGAAAGUGUCAUACUUCUUAGGGUAAUAUGUGACGUCACUUUACGCACCUGCGUUAAGCCCUGUUUUCUCAGAGCGUGGUUCAACUGAUGAAAGCGUUAUAGUUUGGUUACCCGUUUUCUGAUCCCUGCAUCUUUCCAUCCAUACAAAGAGACUGUGUUCAAUCAUCAAUAAUUUAUUGACAAUUAUAUUUUUUCCCAGAAUAUUACUUGAAUAAAAUGCAUUUGUUGGGUCUUAAAUGGACCAAGAUAAUUUAUUGUAUGCUCGUAUUUUUGUGGACAGAUAACAAACGUGUAUUUUAGUAUUUUUUCUUCGAAAUUGUGCCAUUGAAUGGGUUUGCAGACGAAAAGAAUGGUAUUGAUGUGAUACUAAUAAUAAAUAGAAACUACAAUGUACGUUCUAUUUAUUUUAUGCCAAGAUAUGAUGGCAUUUUCGUACUUACGGUAAAGUUGGCUACCUCUUACGAUUAAUGGGGCUACCUCUUACAUUAAAUGGAAUCCCAAUUAUUUGUUUCGUAUUUUGUUUUUGUUUUUUUCCAAGCUAAAUAGGCAGUAGGGAUAUCUUCUUUAAAGUGGAAAUAUCUUGUUGGUCUUAAUUAAGUGAAUUUUGAAGUCUCUCACUUGAACACUGCAAUUCAAUCUGUAACAACUGUAGCUACCUCAAACAAUGCAUAGCUAAUGCAAGCGUAAUUUAUAUUAAACGUCAGCCAUAACACAGUCUAGAAUGUAGUCAUGCUGAUCAUGCAUUUCUAUUCUUUGUUUUCGGGACUUAGAUUCAAGAAAAUGAGCGUCAAAUUCUUGGUGUAAAUAAAUAUGGGCAAAUUGGACAAUUUUCCGGUAACGUUGUUUUGGCGAGUAAGGCACAGUUGUUGUUUUACUUUUCGAAGAAAAAUUUAGUUUAAAAGUGCCUUAUUUGUGAGGACUUGUAAGCAAAAGUCAGAAUAAGAUCAAGGUAGUCUUUCAGGAUAUGGUCAUAAAAAUUUUAUGCUGUGAUACUCUUGAAUUUUAUGUAUUCAAUCUCAGAAUUCUGGGCCAUCGAAUUCUGUUUUAUGUUUGAGACGUGUUAUUCAAAUGAUUUUCUCAUGAAAACGUUGGUGAGUAAUGUGCUAGAAACUUGUCGGUAUUAACUUGAUGAAAUUGUUCCGCAAAUUGAGUAAUUUUUGUUCAAUAAAGAAAUAUGCAGUGAAUAAAUGCAUCCUAAUUAGAUUCCAUUAACACACCACAGACUUACAUUUUUUUAUUUGGCAUAUGACCUAGAUUAUUCGUAUUUUAAAGUUUCUGCACAUUUACUCUAAAUGAUUGGCGAUUGAUAAUUGAUUUGAGAGGAAAAUUCUCGGGUCUUCCGCUAUUGUGAUACUAUAAUAUUGGAGCGUGGACUCGGAAUUUUGUUGAAUGCUGAGAACAACUGCUCUUUCUGUAAUGUAAUACUUUAACUCUGGGAUAAGAUGAAUUAAUUUAACUUUUGAUUUUCUUAUAUCCUUUGUAUUAUUUUUAUGUAACUGACUUCGUAAAGAAAGUUUUAAUCGAGCGUGAGUAUAGUUGUACAAAAACGUAUGAUGUAUAUGUGAAGGUUUUCUAUGUGUAGUACUUAGACUACAAUGUGUAUAUUUAAUAAUAAUAAUAAUAAUAUAAUUGCUAUAAUUACAGUACGUAAAUGUUGUCUCAUUUUGUUAAUAUGAUCUGUUUUAUCUACGAUAAAUGACAACCAAAGUAUUUUUGCACCGAUACAAAUUUUGUAUUUAAAGUUACAUAUUUAUAUACGAUUUAUGCUUUCGUAAAAUAAUACUUUUCAUUGUUGUUCUAAGGCAAUUUUGCUUUAUGAACAUGUUGAAAUGAAUACUAGUGUUAUUAUUGAAAUAUGUUCGACUUUUGUUUACAGUUAACAAGUUACAGUUGUUUCGAAAAGAUUUCGUGUGUUAAAAUAUAUUUUGCUUGUUUGUUUUUUUCGCCGAAUCUGUGCCCAAUUUGUAUGUUGAAAGACCAUGUUAACGAUUUGCAUAUUGUAAGUAUUGAACUAUCAAUAACUACAUGCCCAAUUGAAGCAAUAAAGAUUUUUAUCUUGGUA